CAAGUCUCUUUGCCCUGUCAAUCUCUUAACCGUCGGCACAAGCACCAGCUAUUGUUCAUCAGGACCAUCACCUAGGGCCCAAAGCUAAUUAAUAGCAGUCAUGACGACUGGGGUUGGAGUUCCAAUAUGCGUUCAGUGUGGCACCCGAAGCAACCCUUGCCGGUGCAAGGUGGUAGGACCGACGAUGGGAUUCUUGGCGUUUGCGGUUGCCGCGGCCGUGGAAUGGCCGGUGGGAGCAGUGGUGUAUAUCUUCCGACACAUGAAAGGUCGCCGUAUCAUGGCUCAUCCUGCCACCGUUGUUUAUCCAUCGGUUUGCAGAGCAUUUCCCAUUUGAAAAAGUGGGGCGAAAGUAAUUAGACUCUCUCUCACAGCCCCUUGUAGCUUAUAUAUGUAUGUAUGUAUGUA